AGAAGCUUUUUUGUAAGCAGGAUAAAGACACACGCACUCAUUGUGCAAAGUGGGAAGCUAACUACCCAGUAGAGAAAAAAAAAACACAGUUAAGUUAGUGCAAAACGAAGAAACAAAACCAAACCAAACCAUUUUCACUUUCCGCUUCAUGUAGAUUCUCCCUUCCUAACUCGUUUACCCGAUUCAACCUUGAUUCGUCCCGGUUCAAGCUCAAACUCCUACUCAUGGCGAAUAACCCUUCCGACGCUCCCGCAGACGAUUUCCUUGAACAAAUUCUCGGCCUCCCGACCUUCGCUUCCGGAGACUCAGGCCUCUCUGCUGCCGAUGUUGGACUCUCCGGUACCACUUCUCCGGCUCCGAUGAUGCUGCAGCUCAACUCUGCCGACGCCAACGCUCACCUCACCGGCGCCGCCUUCCACGCGCCGGUGUAUCAGUUAGGUCUUAGCUUGGACCAAGGCAAAGGAGGGUUCAUGAAGCCCGAGGAAGCCUCCGCUAGUGGAAAGCGCUAUCGCGACGACGUGGUUGAUGGUAGAGCUAAGAAUGUUUUUCAUGGGCAACCCAUGCCUUCUACUAUGCCCUCUGCUCCACAUCCUCCAGCAAUACGCCCUAGGGUGCGAGCAAGAAGAGGACAGGCUACAGAUCCACAUAGCAUAGCUGAACGGUUGCGCAGAGAAAGAAUAGCAGAAAGAAUCAGGGCGUUGCAAGAACUUGUUCCUAGUGUCAAUAAGACGGAUAGAGCUGCCAUGUUAGAUGAAAUUGUUGAUUAUGUCAAGUUCCUAAGGCUUCAAGUGAAGGUUUUGAGCAUGAGUAGAUUGGGUGGAGCGGGUGCAGUGGCACCACUGGUAACUGACAUACCGUUAUCAUCAGUUGAGGAAGAAGGUGGUGAAGGUGCUAGAAACCGACCAGCAUGGGACAAGUUGUCAAAUGAUGGCACAGAAAGACAGGUAGCCAAGCUUAUGGAAGAAAACGUUGGGGCUGCCAUGCAGUUUCUUCAAUCAAAGGCUCUCUGCAUCAUGCCCAUCUCACUAGCAUCGGCAAUUUACCAGUCACAACCACCGGACUCUUCUAGUGUAGUGAAGCCUGAAACUAAUCCUCCUUCAUAGACCUUAGGCACACAUGUUGAGCAAUCUACUAUUGGUCCCGUGACGGGCUCACCUAAUACUGCUGGGACCCACGCCUAACGCAUCAAGUUGCAAUCAAAGUCAGAUGCCAUAAUUCUUCCUUUUUUCCCUUUGUUUCAGCUUUUGUCAAUACAGGGUUCGAUGUCAAUGCCUUGGAAAAUACGAGCAAACCCCUAUCUUGUCUUACCGAAUUUCAAGUAGAGAGGAAGAAAUUGUCAAAAGUUGAAUUGAUAUGCGUCUCUUUUUUUUGUGUCAAAUGGUGGGGGUAGUGGACCAUGAUGUUAAGCGCUUUUGUAGUGGGAUGUGGGACCUUCUAAAAGGUUAGAGUGGUGUGUAUACUUUUAAUAGUGAAGCUGAAAUGAACAAUAGUUGCUUUAACAA